AUGCAUGUGUACGUUUCUGUGGCUAGCACAGAUAUAACCCGAACCCGAAAUUAUAAAGACCCAGUUCAGGCUGUGCAGCUGCAAUCUCGUGCUAGCCACAGAGUUUAUUUAAGCACAGAGAUAUUUGAAGUUCCAGUAUUAUGCCAUGGUAGUGUGCUUUUUCUAUUUUUUUGUAUGCUGCAGAAAUUCCUUCUAAGAAGCCUGCAUGCCUGUUCAAAUAUACAGAAACUAGUGUUUCAGUGCAAAUUGCAGAAAGACCAUUCUAAUGCAUCUGAUGUUGAUAUGAUGCAUCUGGACAGAUCAUAUGUGAUUUUCAUCAAAUUAGUGUGCUUUUUCUGGAAAGGCUAA